AUGGACAUUUUGACGAAGAAAGAAAAGAAAGUGACAAUCAAAGUUUCAAGUAACGCAAAUCUUCUUCAAUUAACAAAAGCGCUUUUCAUGUCCAUUCCAGAAUUUAAUGAAAUGUUUUCAGGAAAUUAUGAAAAGCUUUUUUCUACAAAAACAGGUGCACAGUUUUGGGAAGUAUUUAUAUCGAUGAUGUGGCGAUUCUAUAGGAACAAAAGCAUUUCUUAUAACACGAAGAGAAAAGUUUUCCAACAAGUUCGGUUCGACCAAGUCAUUUUAUCUCCAAUUGACUUUGACUCUGUUGAGCAAUUUAUGAUGAGCUUUGGUUCCGGUAAAUUAUUUGACAAGCGCUUUUUCUUAGGUCCUGACGAUCCCGAUGUGUUCGAUGUCUUUAUGCAUUGGUUGGAGUAUUACGACAACAACCAAUUGAUGACUGUGGAGCAGUUUGCAGACCCGUUUACCUUUCCACAACGUUAUAACCUACGUAAAAAGUUACUUCUCUUACUUUCCAAAGCAGACCAACAUACCUUACAAACGUUUCUCAGUCACAUUGGAAGAACGCCCAAUGAAGCAGAUUGGGAUAUUCAAUUUGAUGUCAACAAAUUGUCGCUUGAGGAAGUUAAAGAGCUUCUCAAGCUCUUAGAAUGA